AUGUUUGUUUGUAUUGUUUUGGUGGACGUUGGACAAUGGAGAUACAGGAAAAGGGUUAUAAUUUCUUACUAAUAAAUUAUAAUUAAAUGUAGCCGUAGUAAUUGGCAGAUUAUUCGUUUCUAGUUAUAAUGUUUUCAUUGCCAAGUAACACAAAAACUUCCUCGACUGAAGAGUCUAUCGACUCCACAUCUAGUUCUUAUGUUAAUUUUCCUCCUCCUCCGAAAUUAAGUACCGCCGCUUCGUUUUCUCCGCGACUUACUUAUAAUUCGGCCUCCGACAGUUCGCUAAGCGACUUGCAACAGAAACCAAAGAGAAAGAGUAAACGGAAAAAUGUCAAAACAUUACCGGCAAUCGGAGUGUUUUGGGAUAUCGAAAAUUGUCAGGUACCGAAAACAAAAAGUGCUACCCUCGUGGUACAGCAAAUUCGAGAACUUUUCUAUAACGAUUAUCGUGAAGCCGAAUUCCUCGUCGUAUGUGACGUCAAAAAAGAGAGCAGCCAAGUUGUAUCCGACCUAAACGAUGCGCAGGUUAAUCUCAUUCACGUUUCCUCGACGAGCAAAAAUGCGGCGGACGAAAAACUUCGACAGUCGUUAAGAAGAUUUUCGGAAUUGCACAAGGUACCGUGCGCUAUAGCGCUAAUAUCUGGAGAUGUAAAUUUCGCCGCCGAUCUGUCCGAUCUGAGAUACCGCAAGAAAAUGCACGUGAUACUAAUACACAAUAAUAACGUCGCGGACGCCCUGAUUUUAUGCGCUAACGAAACUUUUAAUUUCACGACCAUUAUUGAAAAAGUGCCCGCAAACUUAAAAAUGAAGCCAGUCGCGAACCAGCAGGUGGAUUUGCUUGUUUUCAAUCUGCCUUUUAAUAUCUGCAAUGACAUGGGGCGUUUAAAAUCUCGUUUGAAGUUAUUGUCGGAUAAUUGCGGGGGUAGAGUGUUAGCCGUUCACAGAGAAUUGGGCUACGCUGUAAUAAGAUUCAGUUCGUCUGAUUUUGCUAAAAGGGCGCAAAAACGUCUCGAUGGUGAAGAUGUGUUUGGCAAUAAAAUUCAAGUUUCACAACCGGUGAUCGGGAAAGAGUCGCUAGUCAAAAACUAUACAGGGAGAAAAGCACGAGGUGAAGAUGUUUCCCAAAUUCGAAGUAAGUCGGAUCAACAUCCCAAAAAUAAUUUGUGGCUGCUUGAACAGAAAGUGUCUACCGUCAACAAGUCUCACUUUUCUCCAAGAGAUACAGCAACAUCGGAAAUGGUACCACUUUGUGUAAAGGGCCAAGACAAUUAUCCGUGUAAUGGUGAUGACUCAAAAAUGAGACCCAUAGAAUUGCUCAUAUCAAACCUCGAUGUUUCCAUUGAUACGAAGGAGUUGUCUACGAUUUUAUUGAACAAAUUAAAGCAAUAUGUGAUGGUUCUAAAUUUUACAUUAAAAGUUCAAACCGAUGGAACGCUCGCCGCAAUCAUUACAAUUGGCACUCAACAAGAAGCUCAACUGGUGAUUUCUCAUUUGCACCAUCAACGUAUUGGCAGUAAACGCAUAACUAUCUCCUACAUGCAGCCUAAAUCGGAUUCGGAACAGCUACGACAUAUAGUUACGGCAUUGCUGCAGGAGACGCCGAAUAAUCGAAUGCCCCUUUUUAAAUUCUUCGGUUUAGUCGAAGAUCGCUAUCAAUGUAACAUAUCACUGUCGGAAAUCAAUCAGCUGAAAGACAUUUGCAAGAUCACUACCGGCCAAGGUGGAAGAAUGAUUUCGUUAACAAACAAAGGAGUCGCUUCCUUAAGUUUGCAAGGCUCGUUAUCGCUAUACGCCUAUUGUACAUUCCAUUGUCCGGAGGGUCAGGAGAACAGAGGAUGGGGGGAAGCGCUGGAUUUUUCCUUACCUAAUAUAAAGAUUUCGCUAAGUUUAUUUGAAAGUCAAGUGAACAAAUUGCUACGUUCCCAUUUCGGGUGUUUACCAUUACUGAGUUUUCCUAUAUGUUAUGCGAUCGAAAUUGGGCAAGGUCUGCCUGAAAAUGAUUACGGUGUACCAUUGGAGCAUUUAAUCACUUGUAUCAACAAUGUGCAAUUAGUAUGUGAUAAACAAAACAGAAACGUUAAAUAUCUUAAAUGGAAAAGUGAGGGUAAUAAGGAAGAGCUACAUAAUAAUAGUGCAACGUCAGUAUUAAUGCCAAACGUCACCAUUUUCUGUCGAGAAGUAGUAGAUUUAUUAAAGACAGUCGAGAACUGUCAACUGUUACUUUUACGUUACAUUCCGACUUAUCACCAUCACUUUGGGCGACAAUGCCGCGUUGCUGAUUAUGGUUUUACGCGGCUUGUCGAUCUCUUUGAGGCGAUUUCUCAUGCUGUACAAAUUUUGGGAUACGGCUCGAAACGUAUCGUUACACUAACUCACGCUACCCAAAUGCGAAGGUUUACGUCGGAUUUGCUACGAGUUUUAAAGGGCCAACCGUUAAAACGCGUUGCGGUUUCAAACUUCGUCGCCGCUUACCAAAAUACGUUUCAUAAAGCGUUCAACCCGGUCGAGUACGGCCUGUGCAGUUUCGAGGACUUAAUCAGCAAAAUACAAGAGGGCGUAGUGGCUGUUGUUUCAAUAGAUAAUGUAGAAACUAUUUGCAUUCCGAAGAGGGAGCAGACCGCGGAAGAAAUACAAAGGACUAAACAAUUCGCGCUAGAGGUUCAGCAGUUGUUAAGCCACACCCCUUACUGUUCUAUGCUGUUCAAUAAAUUUGUGCCCGCAUAUCAUCACCAUUUCGGUAGGCAGUGCAAAGUUUCCGACUACGGAUUUUCUAAACUUGUCGAAUUAUUUGAGGCUAUUCCGGAUGUGGUGGAUCUGGAGGGUCAGUGCGAUGUAGAUCGAAAUAUUAAGCUAAAGUCACAUUUGGCUUUAGAAAUCCUCGGAGUGCAAAUUCAAGCUAUUAUUAAAGAAUCCAACUAUUCCGCGUUACAUAUUGCAGAUAUUUUUGCAAAUUUUAGGCAGAGACACGGAUAUUCUUUAAAGCCGGAGAUGUACAACUGUAAAGAUCAUUUGGAAUUGGUGCUUACAUUAAAUGAUUUUGUUCAGGUUAUCCAUGGAAGCGCCGGAACGCUACUGGCGAUAACAGAGGUAGACCUGUCUGUCCUCAAAAUGCGCGUAUGGGGAUUACUAUUGCAACCACCUCAUAUGGCAACUAUUACAAAAUUUAUAUACGAUUAUCGGGUUCGUUUUCUUGGAACGUUACCCAUAACCAAAUUAGAACAACUCAAGUCUGUGAUUAUGAUGUCCAAUAAUGGUGCAGAAACCUUCGUCUUCUUAACUCCGUAUUAUAUUUUGGCAGCGCAGUUGUAUCAUUUGUUGUUUGUAAAUGGAGGACACAUUCCUCUGGCCGAUGUAAAUAAGAUAUAUUUUCGAAAGUUUGGGAGCUACCUGUAUGCAUCCGACUAUGGACUGAAUUGCUUGGAAGAUUUAUUCAAGCAAAUGUCAUUUGCGCUUCAGAUUGUAACAAGUGGAAAACAGUUGAAUGUUACUUUAAAUGAAAAGUUAUCAGAUUAUCGAAUUGAGAUACCAACUGUCGUGAAAUGUGAUCAGUCAUCGAAUUGGCCUUCUACGUCUACCCACCUAUACCGUAAUUGUUUUAGUCCGCCCAAACCCGAUAUGUCUUUUUUAGAUGACGGUUGGAGCAACUUCAGUAUUAGAAACGAAUCCGAUGCCAAGUCCCAAAGUCAGCAUUACGCAAAUUCGAGCGCAUUCAAUGCGAGCAUACCAAAAAUAUCGUCACCUCAUCCGACAAAUUUGCCUACACCAGAUAAAUUAAUGUCGCAAGAUGAUUCCGGAGUGAAUACCUCUCGCAAUGAUUUCACAAUGUUCUUUAAUGACAAUUCCUUAUCCGAAAAUGAGCAAGUCAGCAUUGGUGGUACUGCCCAACCGAGGAAUUUUAAUAAAAUAAUGUUUAAUUUUAAUAUGUGAUCUGAUGAGUAAGUACAAAUUUACACGAUUAUCAUACUGGUCAUUGAUAAAGUGCAACUUACUUUUAUUCGUUGAUGUUGUACCGUGAUACUUAAUUUCAACAAAAUCGUUAGCAAAACUGCAUUUUGUUAAUAUUUGUUUUUUAAUUUGGGUCACGACUAUUGUUCGAUUUUUUAGAUUAAUUAUGUAAAUUAAGUGGAUACUUUUGAUACGUUAUGUGCUGUAUUUUUACACUAAGAUAUAAUGUUGCUCAAUUUUUGUACUUUUAACUUAAUAAAUUUUGAUUUGUAA